CAACAUGGUGGUUAGGUUCAGAUGAUGAAAUAUUCGUCACUGCUGUUUUCUGGAUUUUUAAAUGGAUCAAACUCAUAUUAAUUAAGGAAUUGGAUCAAUUCUGUGAAGAAAACGAAACCACAUUAGAGUAUUUUGCAAUGCAGGACCCACAUUCUUUGGACUGUGAUGGCCACUUCCUGGAUUCAUCCAACUCCAGUUUUAUGACAUUUGAUGAAAAACUAACAUCCCAUUCCUCAACCAAUACAGCCACAUCUAUUGGACAGUCUACAGCAUCUCACUCCACAACUCAACUAGUAUCGUCCUCUGACCACCAAAACAGUGAGGGGUCAAAGAGAAAAAACAAGUACCAUUGGAACUAUUUCAACUUCUAUAAUUCACCCAUAAUUCCUGAAACAAACGAAGACGAGGAUUCUAAAGUCAGUAUAAAUGGUUCAACUGAACCAACAAUACCUGUAGCACCAGCUCCACCAUUAGUGAAUGAAGUCUCACCUGUGACACCCACAGUAGGCACCAAACAUAAAACUAAGCCCGGGAGUAGCCUCUCUGCUGAGGUUACAAGACAACAAUUAACUGGUGCCAAACUUUCUAACCUCACAGAUUUACUUAACUCCAGUGAGGUAAAUAGAUAUUUUGACUCAGGAAAAUUAGAAACCUCUCCCCUAAAGAAAUCAAAUUCACUAACAGAUAUACAGGGAUUGUACGAUACUUUCCGUGAAAGGACAGCCUCUACUUCAUCCUCGUCCGCAUCACUUCCUCCCACACCUCAUGGGUCUCCAAAACUACCAAGGCGAGCGGGCUCCCUACAACAGCUAGACAGUGUAUACAACAGCAAGAUGGAGGAUGAUGCAUUUCAUAGCUCUGACCUGAACUCACUAAUUGAGCGCGAUCUUCAUGAAGUGUCUACUGGAAGUCGGAAACAAACAGGUUUCAGUGAAAGAAAUAAAUUCAUGGAAUCCCAUUCUUUUGACCAUAAUGACAGUAAGAUUAACAGCAGAAAAGCAGAGUCUCUGUUUCAGAAAAUUCAGAAUUGGAGUACAACAUCACAAAUCAAAGUAGCAAACAAGGAUGUUAAUGCAUGGGCCCCAGGAGGGUUUUAAUAUGUGUGCCAUUAUUACAUUUUUCAGAGUGGAAAGGAUUUACUAUUUGGUGUAUUUUUGAAAUUUUUUUUACCAUUAUGUAAUGUUGUAUUUUUGAAAGUUUUGUCUUGAUCAUUGUUUGUUACUUAUAUAUUUUUUUUCAGGUAUUCUAAUUACCGGUAUACAGACAUAUGUACAUGGUCAUCUGGAAUUAUUUGUGCAUAUACUGUGAUAUAUAUAAAUCUUUGUCAGAAAUUUGUCUCGUUUGCUUCAUGUAACUUCUAUGAUUAUCACGAAUAUAUUUGAAUUGUUUUUGCUCAUAAUAGUUUAAUCACAUUUUUACUUUGUAUUAGAGUCCAAUUCAAAUACAUUUUUUGGGCCAGUUUGCUGAAUUGGUAAAUCUAAGCAAAGAGGGGAAAAAGUGCUGAUGAUUUCAAAUUUAUUUUUGGAGUUGCUUACAUACAAGGAUAUUUCCUUUCUUGUUACAAUUGCAUGAAUGUAUGUAAUGCUCUGUAGGGUACAGAAAGAGUUUGUAUAGAUGAUCCUAGUGAAUGAUUUUUUUUGGGGGGGGGGGUCAGAAUUUUGAAUCUCUCUUUUAUUACUUUGCAGAAAGACAACCAAAAGCACUGUUGAAAUGCCAUGAAAAAACCAUUGUGACUGAACUUUGUUCAUUUAAUUUAUGAAAUAUUUUCAUUUUAGAAAACUGCAGAAUCUUUUCUUCUUUUUUGUUUAAAGAAACGGAAGUUAUCUCCCUUUUAAUACUUUUGCUUGGGAAAGAUGUGGAAAUCAUUUUAUGGCUUUUGGGAAUCUUCUCUGUUGAUAUUUUGUUAACCAGACUUCAUGUCUUCUAGUGUUUAUAAGUUAUACCAGUAUAUUAAUUAUAUAUAUGUAUAUUAUAUAUAGCUUUGAUUUUGCAUACUUUUUAGGUACAAAAGAACAGUUCAGCAGUAUUUUAUUGUUAUUGAUUCACAAAAUUAGCCAUUCAUUGUUGAGUGAUGUUCUGGGUAGUUGUAUUUUCCAAUUGUAACAAGACCUAAUAUGAUAAAUACACAUGGAUUCCUACUAAGUAUGACUAUUAUUAGAAUCAUGCAAUUGCCAUAGAAAUUCAUUGAAGGUAAUGAAGUAGAUAUGAAUGAAGAGAUAAACUGUUGCUCUCAUUGAAAUGUGGAAUUUUAAAAUCAUUGUGAAUAAACAUAAAACUGUU